UUACCUUCUUUUCGUUGUCAAGCAAGAUGGCGGAUCAGACAGAGCGUUCAUUCCAAAAGCAACCAACGGUUUUCUUGAACCGUAAGAAGGGAAUUGGUGUCAAGCGGAGCCGUAAACCAUUGAGGUACCACAAAGAUGUGGGACUCGGUUUCAAGACGCCGCGUGAGGCCAUUGAAGGCACCUACAUCGACAAGAAGUGCCCGUUCACUGGCAACGUGUCGAUUCGUGGUCGCAUUCUGACUGGUGUAGUGCAAAAGAUGAAGAUGCAAAGGACCAUCGUCAUUCGCCGCGACUAUUUGCACUAUUUGCCUAAAUACAACAGAUUUGAGAAGCGUCACAGGAACAUGUCUGUGCAUUUGUCGCCUUGCUUUAGAGAUGUCGAAAUCGGUGAUAUCGUCACCAUCGGGGAGUGCCGGCCGCUUUCCAAGACCAUCAGAUUUAACGUAUUGAAGGUCUCAAAGGGUAAAGGAUCCAAGAAGUCUUUCAAGAAGUUCUAAAUAAACUUUAAUAU